AUGAGUGAGGUGGGCUAUGAGCAGCUCCUCAGGUCGCCUCCUAUCUGGAGUAGAACUGUUACGGCUUCAUGCUGUUCAAUCUGUUUGGAUUUACUGAAGGAUCCGGUGACUAUUCCCUGUGAACACAGCUACUGUAUGAACUGUAUUAAAGACUGCUGGGAUGGAGAGGAUCAGAAGGAAACCUACAGCUGUCCUCAGUGCAGACAGACAUUUAGAUCGAGACCUGACCUGAAGAAAAGCACCAUUUUAGCAGAUUUAGUGGAGGAAAUGAAGAAGACCAGACUUGAAUCUGCUCCAGCUGAUCUCUGCUAUGCCGGACCUGGAGAUGUGUCCUGUGAUUUCUGCACUGGGAGGAAACUGAAAGCUGUCAAGUCCUGUCUGCAGUGUCUGGUCUCUUACUGUGACCAACACCUCCAGCCUCACUAUCAAUCUCCUGCAUUUAAGAAUCACAAGCUGGUGGACCCGUCCAAGAAGCUUCAGGAGAACAUCUGCUCUGCUCACAAUGAGGCGAUGAAGAUUUUCUGCCGCACUGAUCAGCAGUGUAUCUGUUAUCUGUGCUCCUUGGAUGAACAUAAAGGCCACGACAUAGUUUCAGCUGCAGCAGAACGGAACGACAAGCUACAAGUUGUUGGGCUGAAUCAAGAGAAGAUCCAGCAGAGAAUCCAGGACAGAGAGAAAGAUGUGAGGAUGCUUCAGCAGGAGGUGGAGGCCAUCAAUCAGUCUGCUGACAAAGCUGUAGCCAACAGUGAGGAGACCUUCAAAGAUCUCAUCCGUCUGAUUGAGAAAAGAAUCUGUGAUGUGAAGCAGCAGAUCAGAUCCAAGCAGACAGAUGAGGUGAGAAAAGUCAGAGAUCUUGAGGAGAAGUUGAAGCAGGAGCUUGUUGAGAUGAGAAGGAGAAGCUCUGAGCUGGAGCAGCUCUCACAAACAGAAGACCACAUCCGGUUUCUACACAAUUAUCCUCAAAUGUUAGACCUCAGUGAAUCCACAAACCCAGCCAACAUCAGCAGUGUUCACCGUCUGCAAUACUUUGAUGACGUUACAGUGGCUGUGUCAAAGACCAGAGAUAAACUACAGGAUAUUCUGAAAGAAGACUGGACCAAGACCUCACCAAGACCAGAGGAUGAUUCAGGAAUCAAGACCCUAUCACCCACAGAACCAAAGACCAGAGUAAAACUACAGGAUAUUCUGAAAGAAGACUGGACCAAGACCUUACCAAGGCCAGAGGAAGUUUCAGGAUUGAAGACCCUGUCACCAGCAGAACUAAAGACCAGAGCUGAGUUUCUCCAGUAUUCGCGUCACCUUACACUGGAUUCAAACACAGCACACCGACGGUUAUUAUUGUCUGAUGAGAACAGGAAAGCAACGGUAGACUGGAUUCUGAUUCUGCCAAUUGGUCAUCCACACAGUUUCAGGGACCAGCAGCAGGUCCUGAGCAGAGAGAGUCUGACUGGAUGUUGUUACUGGGAGGUUGAACAAGGAACAGCUAUUGCUUCAGUAGCAGUCUCAUAUAAGGAUAUCAGCAGAACAGGACCAGAAAGUGUAUUUGGGUACAACGACAGAUCUUGGGCUUUAAAAGAAUCUCACAUUUUCAUUCACAACAGCAUCAUCACUCCCAUCUCAGGUCCUCGGUCCUCCAGAAUUGGAGUCUAUCUGGAUCACAGUGCAGGUAUUCUGUCCUUCUACAGAGUCUCUGACACCAUGACUUUGAUCCACAGAGUCCAGACCACAUUCACUCAGCCUCUCUAUGCUGGACUUAGAGUUACUGGUGUUGAUUCCUUUGUUGAACUUUGUGAGCUCAAGUAGACAGAUGUUAAA